AUGGGUACAGUGGCCCAGUUCCAGUUGGAGUGGUCGUCACACCAGGUCGUUGCAAUUUUCGAUCAGCGAAAGUGCGAAGAAGUUUUCGUGGGAGGUCAGGGCGGUGAAUCUUUCAGCAUUCGUGAGACCUGGCUGGAAGACGGGGAGAAGCCGAGCCACUUUAUCCUGCACCAUCCAACGUAUAGCCACUAUGUACCGAUCGUGCACACAUUCCACUUCGAGGACGGGAACCCGGAGGAGGAGAACCCUGAGGAGGAGAACCGCCGCCAAGACAACCGCGAGGGGAGCCGGCAGGCAUGUCCGAACCCGCAGGUCAGCCUGUAUCCGGAUUACCCUUUGGUGAAGGACUUCCCGAAUCCAGUUCUAGUCGUUACUGUUCGUAAGGGCUUCUUUACCUCUAGAACAAUCGUGGACGCGGUUCCCUUGUCUCUGUACCUCGUCAAAGACGGACUACGCAUCCAGAUUGAAGCCUGUGGCGAUCUUGGGCUGGUACACAUUGCUUGCGUCCGCCGAGGCCGCGGCGGCCGAAACAAGCUGCUGCACCGCACUCAGAUAGACACAUCCUUGAAACCGAUCCAAGUUAUCUUAGAAGGUACAGAUCAGCUGAUGCGAGCGACACACUUAACCUAUGAAGUUGAGGGCCACUGUGCAGGGUUCACAGCCCAGCAUUCCCCAAUAACUAGCAUGAGGCGGCCCUUUACAGCUUUGAUGGUACCGGAGUCCGUCAACAAAAACACGUUCGAUGAUGAGAGGUUCUGCAUAUAA